GCGAUACAAAGUGAAGCCACAUUGCCAAACUUACCCGGCGAUUGCGGCAGCCGGCGGCGGCGGCGCCCUGCGUGUGCGGCUCCGGCGGCGGGGGGCUGAGCUCUGCGGCUCUCCCCUCCGGGGAAGCGGGAGCCGCGGGGAGGACCGCGGGCAGCCGCCCCUCGUAGCGGCAGCGCUGCUCGUCCAGCCCGGGCUGCCGCUCCCCGGGCUGGGGGCUCCCUCCGGAGCAGAGCCGCAGCGCGGGCGAGCGAGCGCGGCGCUGGUUCCCUCGCACGGCGGCAGCCUCCGCGGUGACCCCGAGCGACGCCGCUCCCGGCCUCUGGCAAUAUAGAGGGGAAGCAGGCCAUGGUGAACCCCGGCGGCAGCUCGCAGCCGCCCCCGGUGACGGCGGGCUCCCUCUCGUGGAAGAGGUGCGCCGGCUGCGGGGGGAAGAUCGCCGACCGCUUCCUGCUCUACGCCAUGGACAGCUACUGGCACAGCCGCUGCCUCAAGUGCUCCUGCUGCCAGGCCCAGCUGGGGGACAUCGGCACGUCCUGCUACACCAAGAGCGGCAUGAUCCUCUGCAGGAACGACUACAUCAGGUUAUUUGGAAAUAGCGGUGCUUGCAGUGCCUGUGGACAGUCCAUUCCUGCUAGUGAGCUGGUCAUGAGGGCACAGGGCAAUGUCUAUCAUCUUAAGUGUUUUACAUGCUCUACCUGCCGGAAUCGCCUGGUCCCAGGAGAUCGGUUUCACUACAUCAAUGGCAGUUUAUUUUGUGAACAUGAUAGACCUACAGCUCUCAUCAAUGGCCAUUUGAAUUCACUUCAGAGUAAUCCACUGCUGCCAGACCAGAAGGUCUGCUAAAAGGUCAGAGUAAUGCAGAAUGCGUGCCUUCAUCUCAAAUUUUGUUCAUCACAGAUGGAUCCCAUGUCUCCAAGUAGACAAGUCACCUUUGUAGCUAGCAUCAGUGCCAGCUCCAUACCAUUGCACCUUCUUUAUUCUUGAUUGCCCUUCCCACAUUUAUUGGUGUAUUAAAAUGACUGAAUAUGAACAUUAAGGACUCCAUGAACCUGGGCUAAUGGGAGACUGUAGAGAAAAUGAAAAAAGAUCCACCGGAGGACAUCUUUGGGGGGGCGGGUGGGGAAGAUGACUAAUGAAGCUAAUUAAAAGAAGCAUUGAAAUCUGCUUUCUACCCUCAUUAACAAUUAGCAGGGCACUGGCCAGUUUGUACCCUGUGUUUUACCUUAACAACAUUCUAUUUGCUCUUUGUAUAUUUAAGUGUUGUAAGGAAAUGUGUUUCAAUCAAACUGAACAUGAGUUAAAGGAAAGAUGUGGCUUUUGUGAUAUUCUAUCACAAACACUUUUAUUGUAUCUCUGUAAAAUACAAUGUAUGUAUGCAUGUAAGUGUUUUUGUCCUAAUGUUGCUACUUCCCAUGGCAAAAAAAAAAAGAGAAAAAGGAAAAAAAAAGUCAGGCUCAUAGCAGCUACUGUGUAGAAAUUUUCACCUACUUCUAAUUUGCUGAAUGAAGAAAAAUCUUUUAUUUGUGAUAUUUUCAGAGACAUUUGCUCUAGUAUGGUGUAUUUAAAUAAUAAAAAAGUAAAACAAAAAACACUGAAUUGAGUAUGGGUUUUAGAAACUUUGCUUUAUUAAAAAAAAAAAAAAGAAACUACAUUCGAAACAUUACUCUGAAACUAAGUCUUACAUAGUCAUUACCUUAAUUGUCAGUUACCUUUAAAAGUAGCUUUUUUUUUUCUUUUUUGUCUUAUGCCAGUAAAAAACCUGUUAAACUACUACUGUGUUACUCUUGGCAAGGAUACAGAGCACUGCUUCAAAAUGAUCUUUAUUUUUCAAUGAGAUUCUUACUUCUGGUAACAAACAAAUAUAUUACAGUUCAUAUUGCAGUGAAUUAUGGUAUAUAUUAUAGGUAUUGUGGUCUCUUUCUAUCCAGUUCUUUCCCCCAGAACUGUUAGGGGUAUGCAUGUGUCUGUGAGAGUGCAAACAUGAGUGUGUAUGUAUACAUCUUAAGAGGUCAAAGAAUAAUAACAAAAAUAGAAGCAACAAAAGGGCUGUACUUCACGCUGAGCAAUAGAAUUGAGUGUUCAUAAAAAGGGAUACAAAAGCUAUUCUGAUCUGAACAACACAAAGUUGAGUUUGUUGUGGCAAGAGACUUAACUUUUUAAAACUGAUAAGGAAAGAAAAACACACUUCCUGGAGUAUUUCCGAGAGCAAACCAAUCUCAAACAUGAUCUGUCCUCUGGAAGGAAAGAGACAAAAAAGCAAGAAAACUUCCUCUAAGCUUAGAAAGGGAAUGACUUCAUUUACUGGGUUUUUCCCUUCAGCUACUUAUUGGUAGAUCUGUGUAGAAUAACUUUUGAGAAGAAAAAAAAUCCCCGCUUUUCAUUCUUAUAGCAAGAAUACUAACGUGAAUCUAUGACUGUGCAUUGAAUGCCUUCAGUCAGGAAACUGCAAGCACCUAGAAUGUGUGUCUGCUGCAAUUCACAGCAAAUCAAUAUUACCAACUCUUUGGCUUUUAUCGGAGACUAAUACAUUUGAAAUACAUCAUCAUUAUGGUUUCUUUUUAAUUCUGUUUUCAAGAUGUUCACUGUUUAGCUUUGUUUGGUUACGGAGUGAGCUUGACUUACUUUUGUUGUGAUGCUGAUACACAAAAAGCUGAAUUAUAGAUUUGUCUGUCUAAACCAACAGCAGAUCUUUUUUUUUUUUCUUCAGAUCUUACUUCUUGAUUUCUAGUAUAUUGGAGGUCUGCUGAAUUUCUUCUUUAACACUUCAGUGCCUGUGCAAAAAUUGGACUGUUGCAGAGAAAAUAAAAUGAUGUAGUGUACAGUAUCAGACAGUAAAGACAAAAAAACACUCGCAUAACAUAUAAAGUAAUAAAACUACUGAAGCUAUGUAUGUCUUUUUUUAAUUAAAUGCACUUACGUAUAUUUUUAAAAUAAGUUUGUAAGGUUUUUGAGCUGGCAUUAAAGUCUUUAGGUAAGAGUCUUGCAAAUUGUGCUGCUUGAAUAUCUUUGAAAAGACACUUGAAGUCAUAUGAAUAUAGAAUUCAAGUAUUAGUGAGUCUGCAGACAUCUUUUUAUAUUCUUUCAGUAUAAGCACUCAAGGUACCGUGUUUAAAUCUAACAUGUACAGAUUUUUGGUUGUCCAAUAUAACCUAGAAGUGCUAAGAAGAUAGCUAAUAACUUCUAGUAGUAUAGCAUUUAGUGAUGUAGAGGUUGAAGUUCAUUAACAGCUUUAAAUAAACUAUUAUAUGACUCGUUUGUAAAGCACAGCUACCUAUUUAAUAGCUUACUUUAAAAGCAUUUCUUAAGUUGCAGACCUAUAAGAUUACAAAUGUCACUCAUGUUAGCAUAAUCCACAUGCAAGUGAUGAAGCCUUUGCUUUGAUGUGCUAAAUUGGAGGAGGACUAAUGGAGCUAUGAAUAUACAAUAGAACAUAUUUUAAGUAGUAUUCUUCCUUUAGGUAAAACACUUUCUUGAAACUAGAGGCAUUGCAGACAAUAAAACAUGCUGUAAUGGGGAUGUUAGGUGUGGGUAGAAGGCUACUGGAAACACUUAGAUUUGUCCAUAUGUGAAAAAUGACUUUUUUUUUAAGAUCUGUAAGGAGAAACGUGUACUUGUUCACCUUUUAUCACAUGCAUUUGCUAGGCUGAGCCUGAAAUACACCUCCUGCAUUUAGUGCUGCUGAAAAGUCAUACAAAUAAUCAUUCAGUAAGAGCUUCCCUCACUUUCAAAAAUGAAUGCUGUUAAAAAAAAUCAAAGGAAAUAUUACUAAUCUGAAAUCAUCCUGGUGAACCUGGAUAAAAUGCUCUGUCUAUACUGCAUCUAAACGUCUCAAUCAUAUAAAUUGUCACUCUUAUUAAUGAAACAAUUUUGUAAAAAGAUUGCCCUCUAAAUGGGUUUAAUGUUUUUACCUAUCCAGCUGUCUAGUUAUGAGAUUUACGCAUCCUGGCAGGCAGUGGGACAUUAAGCCUUUCCAAACCAAAUUCUGUUUGCAACAAGAUACUGUCUUUUCAGUCCUACAUGAUUUAUCUUUAAAUAUUUUAACAGGUUAUGCAGUAUCUUGUGAAAUAUAAAAUGAGAAUGUCUUACCAAAAUGAAGCCUAUGAAAUUAAGUCACAUCUUUAGAAUAUUAACCACACUGCGUUUGUCUCAGUUUUUCCCUGUUAGUUAACACAGUUAAAAUUUGCGUCAUCUAAUUUUAGGAAAAAUACUAAAAAAAUAAAUAAAUCUGAUACUAGCAUAAUGUGACUUGCUAGCAGGCAUUUCAAAAGAUCAUUUUAAUUUAAACUUUAUAUCAAAAUUCCUUGGCUGGUAUUAGGUGUUAAGCUUUUCCAAGGACCUAUGUUCUGAACAGCUUUAUUGAAGUAAAUGAAAUUGAGACCGGGACAUGCAUGUAUAUAUUUUUUUAAAUACUUCUUCAGUGUGAAAUGGUGUGUUCCGGGACUGGUGUCACUGCCUCAGCCUACCCUACAUCAACUACCAGAUAGCCAUGGUUGCUGCUUGUUACGUUUUAGUACCAGGUGUAUGCCUAUUGUCAGUCCAGCGAAGCCACAGAAGAGCUUAUUGCAAUUAAAUAGCAAUUUGUUUCUAUGAAACUGCAAUUAAAGUAUUACUGAUCAGCCAUUUUAGAUUGGCAGGGCUUUGCCUGCAUGUUAAGCAGUGAGGAGCUCUCGGUUCAUAUCCGCGGAGCCUGAGCUGUGAGCGGCAGCGAAGUGCAGCAGCUCGCCUGCGUCCCCGGUUGGGCUGUAGGCACGAGCCCUUGGCCCCGUGCCCCUCAGCACGCGCGCGCUGCGGGCAGCAGCAGGCCCGUACCUUGGGCUGGCAGUGUGCGGGGCCUGCAGUUAUUGCUGCUUUCUGCUCCCGUGUAAGCAGGGAUAUGCGCGCUUCCUAGGGGGAUGUUUUCCACUUCAGAUUGAUUCUGUGGCAAAUGGACUGCGAGCUGUGGGCCGCAAGCCAAUAACGCGCUGCAGGUCCUGACUUGUUGGAGAUGUGUAAACAGGGCUACUAUAGCUCCUUAAUCACAACUAAUAAAAGACUAGAUGAAAGCAAUCAAUUACCCCAUAAGCUCUUUGUUUUUGUUUUUUAAUAAAAAGCAGGCAUAUAUCUGACAUGGCUGCUAUUUUCACGUCUGUACAACAGAACAGGUGAGACAGUUUAAGGCACUCACACCGUCUUACCGGCUGU